AUGUCGUCUCUCCAUACAAGGGUGUCCAUGACAUCGGGAAUCCUCAACAUCAUUGCAACCUUCGCAGCGGCAGUCCUCUCAUUUAUGGAAGAUCAGCGCUCCGUCGAGCCCUCAGACAUCCUCGUGAUCUACUUCUCUGCGUCAAGCAUUCUCGCGCUACCUCGACUACGCUCAUUAUGGCUGAUUCCAUCUGUCGAUGCCUGCAGAGGCCUAUGGACGACUAUCUAUAUCUUCACGGUGGCAAUGCUAUUCGUGGAAUCCGCCAGGAAGACCAAGAUCCUCCGUCCGUUGUAUCAGGGGGUGACCAAGGAGCAAAUCUGUGGUUUCUGGGGUCGAAGUUUCUUCAUUUGGGUUCUCCCAUUCUUCCAAGCGGGAUACUCCAAGGUUCUCCAGAUCCAGGACCUGCCUGAGGUUGAUGACGACCUUCAAGGACAAGAUGCCGGUGAAAAGCUUCAAGCAGCCUGGAAAACGGCAAAGAGUCGUCAUGGGUUGCUCCGAGCUACAUUCCGCGCGUAUCGAUGGCCUUUUCUCUCUGGCGUUGUACCGCGUCUUGUUCUGUCUGCAUUCACCUUUUGUCAGCCUUUCCUCAUAACGGCAACGGUCGACUACAUGGGGAAGCCAGCCACAGUUGAAUCCAACAAAUAUGGCCAGGCACUAGUGCUGACUGCGCAACUGGAGAGUUUUGUCGUGCUAACAGCCGGAAAGGUCUCGAAGGCAGUGUACUGGCGUCAAACAUAUCGUCUUCACACAAUGAUACGUUCUGGUCUCAUCUCAAUGACCUAUAGACAGACAACUCUUUUGAAGGCUAACGACGUGAAGGACACAGCAGCUAUUAUAUUAAUGGGCACUGAUGUCGAACGGAUAGUGGCUAAUCUGAGGAAUAUCCAUGAGACAUGGGCGUCAAUUCUAGAAGUUGGAGUCGCGAUCUGGCUGUUGGAGCGCCAGGUCUUUGUUGCUUGCAUUGUUCCUGCAAUUAUUUCCCUAGCAUCCGUGCUGGCAAUGGUACCGGUGUCAACCAGGUCCGGAGAAGCCCAAAAGCAAUGGAAUAAGCGCGUGGAGAAGAGACUAGCAGUUACCUCCAGCAUGCUGGGUGACAUGAAAGCCGUAAAGAUGCUGGGACUAACUGAUAUCUUGUUCACCCUCAUCUCCAAAUUUCGAAAAAUCGAGUUGAAGACUUCAGAGCGAUUCAGGAAACUGAUUAUAUGGCAAGUUGUUUUCUCAAAUGUGCCACUGGACUUCGCUCCCUUUGCGACCUUUGCCGUAUUUGCCAUUAUAUCGGUUGUAAGGAAAGACGGGUCGCUGCUUUCCGCUCCGGCUUUUACCUCUCUCUCUUUGAUUGCCCUUCUGACGGAACCCCUUUUCACAUUUUGUCAGUCAGUGCCAUCCCUGCUACAAGCUAUCGCUUGCUUUCAGCGCAUUGAGGUGUACUUCUUGAAGAAACCUGCACCCACGCCGGGUCUGUCAACUUCAACACAAUGGCUUCCUGAGUUUUCAAACGGUGCGAUGGAGCUGCGGCAUCGACAGACAACUGCCUUGUCUGAUACCCCUUUAGUAUCAUUCAAGAAAGCAGAUAUUUCAUGGUCACCGGAAACUGAAAUUGUGCUUCAUGAUUUGAAUAUGAAUAUUCGGAAAGGAAUUACCAUGAUUAUUGGCCCAGUUGGAUCCGGAAAAUCAGCGCUGAUUGAAAGUAUUCUUGGGGAAACGGCAUUGAAGAGUGGUUCAACGACUGCGCCGUUGUCAAGAGUCGCGUAUUGUUCCCAGAGUCCGUGGAUCAUGAAUACUACCAUCCGACACAACAUCACCGGGGGAUCGGAAUUCGAUCAGAAAUGGUAUGAAUUCACCAUUUCGGCUUGCGGUCUUGAAGAGGACCUAGAGAAGAUCCCUGGAGGUGACAUGUGUAAGGCGGGAAGUAACGGUGUUUCCCUGAGUGGAGGGCAGAAGCAACGAGUUGCUCUUGCUCGUGCCGUGUACUCCAAGCUCCCUAUUGUGAUCCUGGAUGAUGUGUUCAGCGGACUGGACUCGAAGAGCAUAAGUCUGAUCUCAAGCCGACUUUUCAGCAAAGAGGGCCAUUUUCGUGAAACUGGAACAUCAGUGAUUCUUGCUACGCAUACUCUGCGCAUGCUUCCUUAUGCGGAUGAGAUUAUCGUUCUAGAUAAUGGAAGGAUCGCUGAUACGGGAUCAUACGAGGAGAUCUUCACGCGAAUGCCAGAGAUAGCUGCAAAGUCAUUGACUGCUGAAGAUGAUGCCCCCUCAUCCGUCGAGGAGUCAGCUGUUGACAAGAAAGUGGACAACCCUCAAACUAACGUCGCAGAGGAAGCAGUCAGUAAGGAUGUCGACCAUUUGAGACGAGAUGGCACCUGGGCUGUGUAUGCGUACUAUUGCCGAAGUGCUGGAUAUAUCACCGUGAUCCUCUUUGCUCUUUCUGCCGCAGUUUGUGCUUUCUGUAGCAAUUUUUCCACAUUAUGGCUUCAAUGGUGGGUGGAGGCAAAUGAACAGCAACCGAACAAGCAGCUGGGGAUGUAUCUCGGGGUUUACUCUUUGUUCUUCGCAUUAUCGUUUUUCGGCCUUAUUGCGUGUUGCUGGCUGCUUUUGAUUACAAUUAUCAAUAACACGGCGCUGAAUCUGCAUUCAGAUCUUCUGACAGCAACUCUUAGGGCGCCCUUUAGUUUCUUUCAAAACACAGACACGGGAUCAACAACCAACAGAUUUAGUCAAGAUAUGGAGCUCAUCGAUAUGAUGCUCCCUGUUUACGCUAUCAAUUUUGUCGAAGUUGAUCAUCCUAUGCGCUGUCGGGAAGUAUCUCGCAGUGUGCGUCCCAUUCCUUGCAGUGGUCUUGUCCUUCGUCCAACUGUACUACCUUCGUACCUCUCGCCAGGUGCGAUUGCUAGAUAUCGAGGCCAAGGCACCGCUCUACACCCACUUCUUGGAGACGGUCCGGGGUAUCUCGACUGUUCGAGCCUUCACUGGGGCGCUCGAUUCCAGGAACAGAGCCAAUGCAUGCUGAAUCAGUCGCAGAAGCCGUUCUACAUGCUGUUCUGCGUUCAGCAGUGGUUGACACUAGUUCUGGACUUGGUGGUAGGAGCAAUUGCAUUAAUCCUCGUGGGGAUGACGACUUCCCUGACAGACAGGUUUAGCGCUGGGUCGAUUGGCGUUGCGCUGAACCUGAUCCUGACCUUCAACCAGUCUGUUACUCAAGCUAUUAAAUACUGGACAAUGCUGGAAACGUCUAUUGGUGCGGUAUCGCGCGUCCAACGCUUUGUUGAAGAUACUCCUUCGGAGGAGCGUCACCUGAGCUCUCAGCCUCCUCCUCAUGAUUGGCCUUGUCAAGGUGCCAUAGACUUUGUGGACGUGACAGCUGGCUAUAAUCCGGAGACAGCGCCCGUUCUCAGAAACCUUUCUUUGACAGUUGCUCCAGGGGAAAAAGUUGCAGUCUGCGGCCCAUCCGGCAGCGGCAAAACCUCCUUGCUCAUGGCGCUCCUUCAGAUGAUUGAAAUCCAAGAAGGCCGUGUGGCGAUAGAUGGCAGGGACCUGUCGAUGAUCGAACGAAGAGAUGUUCUUUCGCGGAUCAACGUCAUCCCUCAGGACCCAUUCUUUAUGCCAGGCACUGUCCGAUUCAACAUUGACCCUCACCAACGCGUAUCCGCUGAAUGCAUCGAGUCGGCAAUCAAGAAGGUCGGCUUGUGGAAGCGGAUCAGCGCGAACUCGACCGUCGACUGGGAAACGGAGUCCAUCAUGCAAGCCGUUAUCGAGAAAGAGUCUGCACAGCAGACAAUCACCGCCGUCGUCCAUCGGUUCCGCUACAUUGAUCGGUUUGACCGGGUCGUGCUUCUGAAGCAUGGCCAUCUGGUUGAAUGCGAUAGUCCGAAGGUUUUGCUUGAGCGGGAUUCGGAGUUUAGGAAGCUCUACACGGCUUUGAAAAAGACCUGGCUGGCGUAUAAAGAGUUUGCACCUGGAGAUUUUCUUCAGACAGAAUUGUUAGUAUUACGGGAACACGACUCUAUAUCUUUCGAGGAAGGGGCUAUAGAGAAAAAGGGGGAAAGGAUUGAAACGCUAAAGCACAAUUAA